AUGUCUCUCACUACAACCCCGAAGCCCAUCGAGCAGGAGAAUGAUAUCCAACUCUCUCUUCAGAACCUUCGCCAGGCCACUACCAUCGCAGAGAACGUUCUGGUGGGAGGACAGUCGAUCCACGAACUCUGGCAAACCCUUCGCAAACAGCAUUGGCACCAUGCGUGGCGUGCUCAUCAAAAAAAGACCCAGGAGCAGCAGGACGACGAGACGACAACCGACCCGCGUGACUGGGUGGCAUUUGUUAAAGGGGUGAUGUCUCGACGAGAUCUUGAUUUCGUGAUUUUGGUGGUGUACCGCGACGAGGCCCAGACGCUGCGAGACAACUCUCACAAGGAAUUCAAACGCCGAUACAAGGCGUUUCGAAAUAGCAUCACUGGUAUGAACGACGAGGAAGUUGUUUUUCAACUGAGCUUCAAAGCCAUCGCCUCCGUAGCGGCCCUCAGGGCCAUGAACGGCGUGCUUUCUUCAAGAUCGCCUGGCGAGCGGAUUGAAGUCGGAGAGCUCUUUGCUCUGGCUCGACGUGAGAUGCUCGUGCGGCACCGGGACCCAUGCACCCCGCCGACUGUCGCCAUUCAGGAUGUGGCCAAGGCCGUCAAGUUCCUCCGAGCCCAACAGCCCUCCCUCGCGCCCGCUCUCAGUCCCGCACCAGUGUCCGCUUCCGCUUCCGCUUCCGCUACCGCCACCGCGCCCGUACCAGCUCUUGCACCAGCUCCCGCACCAGCGCCCGAGCCCGCACCCGCCCCGGAGCCCCAGUCCCAAGCCCAAGCCCAAGCCCAAGCCAAGACGCCGGAGCCCCCUACGCCGAGCUCUGCUGGUCCAACGUCUCCCACCCCCGAAUUCACCGGUCUGAAGCGCGCCGCCCCCUCACUGGCACACGGAUCCCCCAAGCCGCCAACACCGAAGCGUGUCCGUGUCGCUUCAGACGAGGAGGAGCGCGGCGAUCAAGAGCAGGAGCAGCAGCCUGACAACGACGCUGAUGAGGACGACAUCAACUUUGGUGAUCCUUUUUGGAACCUGGACGAACCAGAGUUCCUUGACAACGAGCCUGCGCCUCUGAGCGACAAGCCGAAACCUCCCGUCGACCGCGUCCAACAAGAAGCAGACGCUUGGAGGGACAUCGUUCAUCAGAUCCUCGCAACGCCCCUCCCAACCACGGCUCCAAUGCUCUUCAAUGGCCGCGUGGCCGCCUUACUCGACGCCGCCAAGGAAGUCGGCUUGCUCGUCGACGAUGUGUUGGAAGAAGACCCUUUGCAUGAGGAGUCCUAG